CGCCUCUUCAGGCCCGUUACAUCCACUGGAAUAAAGGGAAACGGGACAGUCUGAGGGAAAACUCUCAGCCUGGAAACAUAUUUGGCACGACCGAGGGUAAUUUCCGCCUUCAGAAGUAGUUUGCGUCCAAGGAGAAGAAUAUAUAAAUCAUAAUUCGACCAUAUAAACUAUUUUCUCCUUUCAUCAGGAAUACGAUUUUGACUACUUACUGAUGGAUGACUUAGGAGUGCCUGAUCCGUCUAACUACCCUCUCAGUCCUCGUAUUGUUAUGUUUGAUGCUCUUCUAGCUGAUCUGGAGAAUUCAGCGUUCCCUCUGGCCCGCUGUCCCGUCCUGCUGACCUCUGACCCUCCAGUGACCUCUGAACCCUUGUCCAGUGCUCAGGAUCCUGCCCAGACCCGGCCCCCUCCUCCUGCAUAUACACCACAACAAACUGUUUCUGCUGCGAUGAACGGCUCUCAGAACUCAAACCCUGACAAACUUUACAGCACAGUAUGUAAACCGCGGUCCCCGCGCACAGCAGACCCUCCCCCUGCCUUCUCUUCCUCCUCAGUUCUGGGAGGCGGUCUAAGUGAACUCGAUCAUUUACUGCAGGAGCUCAAUGCCACACAGUUCAACAUAACAGAUGAGAUUUUGGCCCAGUUCCCCACCACCAAAAAAGAUGACAAGUCUUCAAAGUCUGGGCCGUCCUCUCCUGGCUCUGUGAAACCCUCAGCUACAUCUGCCACUCUAGAGCUGGACAAACUAAUGGCAUCUCUGUCAGACUUCAGAGUCCAAAGCACACCAGCAGCACCUGUCAGUCCUGUGACUGCUUCACCACAGCAGACUGGAGCUCCGCCCCCUGCCUCCUCUGGAGGCUCAUUGGACAGCAUGUUGGGUCUCCUCCAGUCAGAUCUGAGCAGGCAGGGAGUGCCCACCUCCUCUAAGGGGAAUUGUUCUGCUUGUCAGAAACCAGUUGUAGGACAGGUCGUGACGGCUCUUGGGCGGGUUUGGCAUCCGGAGCAUUUUGUUUGCUCUGAGUGUGAGUGUGAGCUCGGCAAUCGUAAUUUCUUUGAGAAAGACGGUCGACCAUACUGCGAACCAGAUUAUUUCACCCUGUACUCACCUCACUGCGCGCAAUGCAACAAGCCCAUACUCAACAAAAUGGUCACUGCGCUGGAUAAGAACUGGCAUCCAGAAUGCUUCAGCUGUGUGAAAUGCAGCCGGACGUUUGGAGAUGAAGGUUUUCAUGAUCGUGAGGGGCAGCAGUACUGUCAGCAGUGUUUCCUUUCUCUCUUUGCCUCUCGUUGUCAGGGCUGCUCUCAGCCCAUCAUGGAGAACUACAUCUCAGCUCUGAGUGCUCUGUGGCAUCCACAAUGCUUUGUGUGCAGGGAAUGCUAUAGCCCAUUUGUAAAUGGCAGUUUCUUUGAGUAUGAGGGGCAGCCCUUGUGUGAAGCCCACUACCACCAGUCCAGAGGCAGCGUAUGCCAGGCUUGCCAGCAGCCCAUCCUGGGGCGCUGCGUCACUGCCAUGGGCGCCAAGUUUCACCCGCACCAUUUGGUGUGCCACUUUUGCCUGAAACCCCUCAGCAAGGGAUGCUUCAAAGAGCAGGAGAGCAAACCAUACUGCCACCCCUGCUUCAUCAAACUCUUCGGCUGAGAACAAUGACAUGAGAUGAUGAGGAUGAUGAUGCAGAUUACUCAAUGGCCAUAUAGCUUUAUUAAAACGUUUGUAAGAGGAAG